UGGUGAUAGUGAAGAUUCUGUCGGUUUUCAGUUGAUCUUUCAAACCAUUAUCCAGCCACUGGGAAAAUGAACUCAACUAACGGUCACCGGAGAGUUGAAAACCAAUGACCCAUUUUCGUUUUCUCCAUCUUCUUGUAGAGAUUGAGAUAUGUUGAAGCCAUUGACGACAACGCUCAGCUCCUCGUGCUUAGGGUCAGGUGUACGGAUACACCAUGUAUACUUCACAAAGCAUGGUGACCUUAUCAGGUCUUAUGAAGGGUCUCGUUUUACAAAAACUUCCAAAGGUUCAUUGCAUUUCAAUUCUGAUGAACAAAAUUUUUCCCGAAUUGGAAGAUUAAAAACCAGGUGCCAGCACCAGCAACAUGUAUUUCCCAACAAUAUAGCACACAUUUCAGCUGAUGGCACUCAUCAAGACCAAAAUGAUGUUUCUAAAGCAACAUUGAUAUGGAGGGCAAUUAAGUUGCCGAUUUACUCUGUUGCUUUGGUUCCUUUGACUGUAGGUGGUGCAGUUGCUUAUUUGCAAACAGGCUUGUUUUCAGCUAGGCGUUAUAUGACACUCUUGGCUUCUUCCGUUCUUAUUAUUACUUGGCUCAAUUUAAGCAAUGAUGUCUAUGAUUUUGAUACCGGAGCAGACAAGAACAAAAAGGAAUCAGUAGUAAAUUUGGUUGGCAGCCGGUCAGGGCCCCUUAUUGCUGCCUAUUCGUCACUUGCCCUUGGCUUCAUUGGGUUGACAUGGGCAUCUGCAGAUGCAAGAAAUAUGCGUUCAUUGUUGCUACUUGGUUGUGCAAUCUUUUGUGGUUACGUAUAUCAGGUUCUAUUGCAGUGCCCACCAUUUCGGUUAAGUUACCAAGGAUUGGGAGAGCCCUUGUGCUUUGCAGCGUUUGGCCCAUUUGCUACCACUGCUUUCUACUUGUUACUGGGCAGCACAAGGGAGAUAAUCUUCCUCCCCUUGACACACACCGUUCUUUCUGCAUCGGUGCUCGUAGGCUUGACGACUACCCUUAUUCUGUUCUGUAGCCAUUUUCAUCAGAUUGAAGAAGAUAUCGCCGUCGGGAAAAUGUCACCUUUGGUAAAGAUGGGCACUGAGAGAGGUUCAAUGGUUGUGAAAGGGGCAGUCUUAACACUCUAUUCUCUUUUAUUUAGUCUUGGUCUAUGCAAAGCUCUUCCACUAACUUGCAUUGUGCUUUGUGCCUUGACCUUACCUAUAGGGAAACUGGUGGUUAACUUUGUUGAAGAGAACCACAAGGACAAAGGGAUGAUCUUCAUGGCAAAAUAUUAUUGUGUGAGGUUGCAUGCUUUAUUUGGAGCUGCAAUGACUGCAGGGUUGGUCUCAGCUAGGAUACUUGUUAAAUGAUAUGUUCACAGCUUCCAAUUCAGUUUUUCCUUACAUCACUCCUCACAUAAGUAGUUUUGGUUGCAUUCAACUCUAACAAGGCUGGACAUUAAGAGCUUUUUGCCACCUGGAACCUGUGUACUCUGAAGCAAUCAGGAAAUUCAAAAAUCAUUUAUCUUUUCUCGCCCUACUCAAAAA